AUGUCUUUCCCGAGGAACAUGUGGCUGCUUUCUCUGCUCGCGGGGGCGACACUCGCUCAAGCAGCCACCGCCUCCGACUUUGCGGCCAAGUGCCAGGCGUUUCAGCCGGAGCGCCUCGUGAAAAACUCGACCCGCACGCGACUCGAGUACGUCGCCAGUGGGACGACGAUCCAACUAGACGACAACGUGCCCUCGUGUGGCCGGACCAGCCAGGUCGUCGACACAAAUAUCUGUCGGAUCGCGCUCCAGAUCCCCACGAGCAACCGCUCGAGUCUGAGUUUUGAGCUCUGGCUUCCCGAGCGGUGGGAUGGGAAGCGCUACGUCGCGACCGGGAAUGGCGGCGUCGAUGGCUGCAUCAAGUACGAAGACAUUGCCUAUGGGGUCAAGAAUGGCUUCGCCGCCAUGGGCACAAACAACGGUCACAAUGGGACCACGGGGGUAGACUUUCUCAACAAUGAAGAUGUAGUGGUGGACUUUUCAUACCGAGCCCUCCAUACCGGCACCGUUUCCGCCAAGAUCCUCAUCCAGGAGUUCUACAGCUCCCCGCCCGCAAAGUCGUACUACAUCGGCUGCUCACUAGGCGGGAGGCAGGGAAUCAGCGCGGCAGAGCGCUUCCCAGAAGACUACGAUGGGAUCCUUGCCGGCGCCCCAGCCGUAGACUUCAAUCACCUCUACUCCCUGCGCGCCCGCAUGUUCACCAUCACCGGCUCCCCGGGCUCGCCAGACUACAUUUCUGCCUCGACCUGGAGCGGCCUGAUCCACGACGAAGUCCUCUCGCAGUGCGACGGCCUCGACGGCGUCGCCGACGGCAUCAUUGAGAUCGCCAACAAGUGCCACUUUGACCCGACCACGCUCCUCUGCCGAGCCGACCAGGCCGACCAGGCCGGCCAGGCCUGUCUCUCGCAGGCGCAAGUCGCCCAGGUCCAGACCGUCUACGCCCCGUACACCUACGCCAACGGGACGCUCCUGUGGCCGCGCAUGAACCCGGGCGCCGAGAUCCUCGCCUCGGCCGGCCUGCUCGCGGGCCGGCCCUUCUCCCCCUCGGUCGAGUGGUUCCGGUACGCGGUGCUCUCGGACCCGGCCUGGGACCCGGCGACCUACGACCUGGCCGACGCCGAAGCCGCCGAGACCUCCAACCCGGGCGGGAUCAGGACGUUCCCCGAGUCGCUGCCGGCGUUCAAGGCCCGCGGCGGCCGCAUCGUGGCCUACCACGGCGAGCAGGACCAGCAGAUCUGGUCCUCCAACUCGGAGCGCUUCUACGACCGCCUGGCCGCCGCCGACCCUGGUCUGGACUCGUACCUGCGCUUCUUCCGCAUCUCGGGCAUGAAUCACUGUGCCGGCGGUCCCGGCGCUUGGAUGUUUGGCCAGGGGGGCUCGUCCGCCUCGAUCCCCUUUGAGCCCGAGCGCAACGCCUUUGCCGCUCUGGUGGCCUGGGUCGAGAAGGGCCAGGCUCCAGAGGCCAUCACGGGAACAAAGCUUGUCAACGACAGCGUGGACCAGGGGAUCGACUUUCAGAGGAGCCACUGCCGCUAUCCCCUCGAACAAACUUACAUCUCUGGGCCGUCCAAGCAGCCGGCGAGCUGGCAAUGUCUGCCACCGAGCAAGUCUCCCAGUGAAAUAUAG